AUGUUCUGUCUGGUUGUUGGUAGCGCAAGACUGACUCAGUCCGUUCUUAUGGACCUCUUAGCCGCACAAUGUAUUCCUAUUAUAAUAGCCGAUACUGUAGUCUUGCCGUUCAACUCCCACUUGGAUUGGCAUCGGACAUCACUGUACAUACCGGAGGAGAACAUCAAGAAUUUGUUGAGGAUUGUCCAUUCGGUCAGUAAUGAGAGGAGGGGUGAACUCUACUGGCAGUUGAGAUGGGUAUACGAGAGGUACUUCGCCAGCAUAGAAAAGAUUACGCUAACGACCCUGGAAAUAAUCAACGAGAAAGUGUUCCCAUUAGCCGCCAGGAUGUAUGAGGACUGGAAUAUGCCCGAGCAUUUGUACGGGCCGGUGAACCCCCUGUUCUUGCCGGUCACCGCUCCUAAGUCGCCUGGCUUCACCGCCGUCAUCCUCACCUACGACCGCGUGGACAGCCUGUUCACGCUGAUCAGGAAACUGGUGAGGACCCCCAGCCUCGCCAAGAUCCUCGUCGUGUGGAACAACCAGAGGAAAGCGCCGCCCCCAUCGUCUGAAUGGCCAGUCAUAAACAAGCCGCUGAAAGUGAUACGCACGAGGGAGAACAAACUGUCGAACAGAUUUUACCCCUACGACGAGAUCGAGACCGAGUGCCAGCUGACGAUCGACGACGACAUCAUUAUGCUGACGCCCGACGAGUUGGAAUUCGGGUUCGACGUUUGGCGGGAGUUCCCCGACCGAAUAGUGGGGUUCCCGUCGCGGCUGCACGUUUGGGACAACGCCACGGCAUCCUGGAAGUACCACAGCGAAUGGACGAACCAGAUCUCUAUGGUGCUGACUGGCGCCGCCUUCCACCACAAGAUCUGGUCCUGGUACUACACGCACAAGAUGCCAGCAGAGAUCAGGGACUGGGUGGACGAAAUCUUCAACUGCGAGGACAUCGCGAUGAACUUUCUAGUCGCCAACGUCACUCGGAAACCGCCCAUAAAGGUGACGCCGCGCAAGAAGUUCAAGUGCCCCGAGUGCACGGCGGCCGAGGCGCUGUCGGCGGACGCGCGCCACAUGGCGCAGCGCUCCGCGUGCGUGCACCGCUUCGCGACCGCCUACGGCCGCAUGGCGCUCAGCUCGGUCGAGUUCCGCGCCGACCCGCUGCAGUACCGCGAGCCGCCCGCCGGCGCGCCCCACCUCUACCCGGCCCCAGUGCCGCUCGAGCCCGGCCCUCAGUUAUCCCCGUCCGCACGCAAAGCCCACUACCCGGCGUCACUUAAGCCCGGCCCGCGGUUACUCUCUGGCGGACGCUCGGCCCGCUAUCCAACGUCGCUCGAGCCCGGUCCGCAGCUGCCGGCGCCCCAACGCCAGGCCCGCAGUUGCCCUCUGCUGAAAACCAGGCCGAUUCUGGCCAGCGCCGCUCAGACCGGCCCGCAAUUACCGCCGCCCGAAGGAUCCAGCUCUAGCCAGCGCUGCGUCGGCCCGGCCCGCAAUUACCGCCGUUCGAGCCCGGCCCGCUUUCGUCGUGUGCUCAGG